AUUCCAUGGAAUCAGAAUUCCGUACAACACACACAUUCCCAUUCCACCCCCAAUUCCGAUUCCCGUCAUACCCUAGCUUCUCUCCUCCCAACCGCGGCGGCGCCUCCUCUCUGUAGAAUCUAAGUGUACAUCGAGGCUCGAGAAUGGGAGAUGUGUCGAAUCGGCAGCUGAAGAGAAAAGGCGAAGAGAAAUCCCCCAAAUCGAUGAAAAAGAAAUGGACUCCAAAGGAAGACGCGGUUUUGAUCGCAUCGCUUUCCGAGUUAUGCAACGCAGGCUGGAAAAGAAAAAACGGAAUCUUCAAGAGCGGAUACACUUCCGCAUUGGAGACGAAAUUAAAAUCGAGGCUUCCAAAUUGCAAUAUCAAGGCUAGCCCGCAUAUCGAAUCGAGACUUAAACUUUUGAAGAGGCAAUAUGAUGCGAUAACCGAAAUGCAAGGUGCGCACGGGAUUCAAUGGAAUGAUAAAGAUAACGUAUUGAUAUGCGAGGAUGAUGAUGUGUGGGACGAGUGGGUCCAGAUUCAUACCGAUGCAAAAGGAUUAAGGAAUAAGCAGUUCCCUUAUUACAACGAUCUGCAUAUUUUAUUCGGAAAUAGAGGCACUAGAAAAGGCGUUUAUAAUGAAACGGACAGUGAUAAAAUUCUUGAUGACGAGGUAACUAUUGCUGCCACAAACUUCAUGGUAGUGAACGACACUUUUGAAGAAGAUGAAGAAGAAAGAGAAUAUUCCGAGUCGUAUCGGAAUAGAUCAUUUGCCACAGAGUUGGACCUAACACCCAAUAUCGAACAUUACAAGAAGCGAAAAUCGCAGAGGGAUGUAAAUGUAACAACAAAUCAUUCCGAGGAUUCAGCUGAAGAGACGAAUAGAUCAGAUGAUGAAAAACAACCUCGUACUCCAAACGUUGGAGAUUCGAACAAGAAGAGCUGUAAUAGUGAGUGUGAACUGGCGAAGAUAUUUGGGAGUUUUCUCGAUAAAUAUCAAGAGCAUGUUUCUUUGCUGUCUGAAAUAAUCGGAAGGGAGAAAACUGCGGAGAAAAUAGUCUGUGAGAAACGAACGAGGUUAAAUGGUGAAUUGACGAAAUUGCCCAAUCUUAGCUUACAAGCUCGGCUUCGAGCUGCAACUUUGAUAGUGAGUGAUUCUGCGAAACUCGACCUCUUUUACAGUCUUUCGAAAGAGGAAAGAAGAGAGUGGGUUUCUAUGUUGCUUACUGGACUUGUGUGAUUUUCAUUUGUAGGGGAAUUUUUGUAAAUGUUAUAUUUAUAUAUAUUUAUGAUAAUGAUUUUAUUUUCGUUUUU